UCGGUAAGUACAGAGAGAGGCCGUAGUUCACUUGAACUUGUUCUUCCUUAUUAGGGCACAUCUCUCUCUCUCUCUCUCUCUCUCUAGUUUUCACACGCUUAAAAUAAGCAAAAUCCUAAAUCUGCUCUUCAAUGGCGGCCUUUAAACACUAACCAGGGAUUUGAACAAGCACUAGAUCUGUCAUGGGUCGAAAUUAAGCGUAGACACUUAGGGGUGAGUUGGAAUUAAAACGUUUGCACGCCUGGAACUCCAGGGAUUGCUCUCGAUUGAGUUUUGAAUUCUGGGUUCUAUCAGGUUUACUUCUGGAUCACAAAAUGGAGACUGCGGAGGUUAAAAAGAGGGGCCGAGGUCGACCAAGGAAGCGGAGGCGAGACGGGGAUGAAUUUGAUAAAAGAGCGGGACUCGCUAUUAAGAAGCAGGCUUUGGAAAUGAGAUGGAAACCACUUGUGGGUCGAUAUGUAUUGAAAGAAUUUGAUGGUAAUGGAAUUUUUCUGGGGAAAAUAGUGUACUACGACAGUGGGUUAUACAGAGUGGAUUAUGAGGAUGGGGAUUGUGAGGAUUUGGAGAGUGGUGAGCUACGUCAGUUAAUCUUAGAUGACAAUGAUUUUGACCAUGAUUUGAGUAAAAGGAGGCAAAAAUUAGAUGAAUUAGUGUUCAAGAAGAGUUUAAAGAAUAAGAAGAAUUUGGAGAAGGAGGUAGCUGGUUUGAAAAAUGAGAUGGGUAGAGUUGAAACAUCUGUGUUGACUGAUUUAAGUGGUGAAACAGAAGUUGACAAUACUGGGACACAAGGUGAGGGUGAUGCAGAUUCCUCAAGUGACUCAUGUGAGUAUGCACCGUGUGGAGAUUCGGAACCAAAUGGGGAGUUCCCGACUGUACCACCCCCACAAUUGCCUCCAUCAUCAGGGAGCAUAGGUGUGCCAGAGGAAUGUGUUCCACAUAUUUUCUCAGUGUAUGGAUUCUUGAGGUCAUUUAAUGUCCGCCUCUUCUUGAGCCCAUUUACAUUGGAUGAUUUUGUUGGGGCAGUUAACUGUAAAGUUCAGAACACAUUGCUGGAUGCCAUUCAUGUGGCUUUGAUGCGUGCAUUGAGACGCCAUCUCGAGACACUCUCUUUAGAUGGUUCAGCUGUUGCAUCAAAAUGCUUAAGGUGUAUUGAUUGGAGCUUGCUGGAUUCACUCACCUGGCCUGUUUAUUUGGUCCAUUAUUUUACAGUAAUGGGGCAUGCGAAGGGAGUAGAUUGGAAUGGAGUUUAUGAUGAGCUUUUGAAGAGGGAGUAUUACUCAUUGCCAGUGAAUAGGAAGCUGAUGAUUCUGCAAAUUCUGUGUGACGAUGUCUUGGAUUGUGCAGAGCUAAGAACGGAAAGUGAUAUGCGGGAAGAAUCAGAAGUUGGAGUAGAUCCUGAUACGGUGGCAAUUAAUCUCCCUGAAAAUGGACCAAGAAGGGUCCAUCCCAGAUAUUCCAAGACUUCUGCAUGCAAGGACAGUGAGGCUAUGGAGAUUGUUGCUGAAAGCCAUGGAACUAAGUCUUCUUGUAGUUCAAUGUACUUUCCUUCCAGAGGUCCUGAAGGGGAGGAAGAUACUCCUGGUGUUGGUUUAGAUGGCAAUAGUGAUGAAUGCCGUCUCUGUGGCAUGGAUGGGACCUUGCUUUGUUGUGAUGGUUGCCCUUCAGCUUAUCACUCCAGAUGUAUAGGCAUUGUCAAAAUGUAUAUACCAGAAGGGCCAUGGUAUUGUCCAGAGUGCACAAUUAACAAGCUAGGACCUACUGUUGUCGUGGGAACCUUGCUUAGAGGAGCAGAAAUAUUUGGUGUUGAUUUAUAUGAGCAAGUCUUCUUGGGUACUUGCAAUCACUUACUGGUGCUUCGAGCUUCUAUUGGCACUCAACCAUGCCAGAGAUACUACAAUCACAAUGAUAUAGCAAAUGUGUUGCAAGUUCUUUCAUCUGUGCAGCAUAGAUCCAUAUACUUGGGGAUAUCUAAGGCAAUUGCAGAGUAUUGGAAAAUUCCAGAGAGUGCCUUUUUCCCUUUUGAGACAAUGGAAAGAAGUUUAAUUAUGUCAUCUAUGAGUGAAGAUGAAAAGUCUUCUACUUUAUCCUUUCCAUUUGCUUUCAAGGAAAGCCAUAAAGUUGCAGAUGCUGGUGAGGCUGAGAAUGUAAUUAAUUUAAAUAUAAGUAAUGUAGAUAGUGUGGUAGCCUCAUGUCUUGAUGGAGGCAUCAAUACAACAACACAUGCUCAUCCUCAUUGUAUCAUAAGCAAUAGUGAUGCAAAAGAUUGCUAUCUCAUGAAUAAAAGGUUACCUGAGCAUAUUAAAGUGGACUCUACUAGUUCAGUUAACCAGCAGCAGAUUGAUCAAUCAGAUGUUGCUCACUACAGUUUUGUUGACAGAUCUAGUGUGAUAGCUACUUGCACCUCUGCAUACAGUGAUGGAAGUCAUAUUGGGCAUGAGAAUGCUUCUUCUUUAUCAGCAGUUGCAUCAUCCCAAAGUAAGGAAAGCAUUCAUGCGGGCUUUGGAAGGGUUGAGAAGAAUUUGAUGGAUAAUGCUUUGUAUGUGGGCACCUUCUUUAAGCCAUACUCUUAUAUAAAUCACUACGUGCAUGGGGAUUUUGCAGCCUCAGCUGCUGCUAAUCUAGCUGUUCUUUCACCUGAUGAAAGUCGUAUUUCAGAGAUUCAUAAAUCAGGUAAUGGUAAGAAGGUCUUCUCUGACAUUUCUUUGCAAAUAAAAGCAUUCUCAACAGCAGCUUCCCGUUUUUUCUGGCCAAGUUCUGAAAAGAAGCUUAUGGAGGUGCCAAGGGAGAGAUGUGGCUGGUGUCAUUCUUGCAAGCUCCCUUCUAACAAUAAAAGAAAAUGUUUGUUAAACUCAGCUGCCUUGGCUGCCACUAAAGGUACCAUGAAGAUCCUCAGUGGCCUUCGUUCUGUAAUGAGUGGAGAAGGCAGUCUUCAUAGCAUUUCAACCUACAUUUUGUACAUGGAGGAGGUUUUGUGUGGGCUUACAGUAGGCCCUUUUGUGAGCACAAGUUACAGAAAACAGUGGCGUAAACGAAUUGAAGAUGCUUCAACUUGCAGUGCAAUAAAAUGUCCCUUGCUUGAACUUGAAGAAAACAUCCACACUAUUGCUUUUUCUGGGGACUGGUCUAAGGCAAUGGAUGAUUGGUUGGUUGAUUCUCCUGUAAUUCAAUGUUCUACAAGCACCACUGCAACCACACAAAAACGCGGGCCAGGUGGGAAGCGACAUAAGAAACAAUCUGGUGUGUUUGACACUAGAGCUGAUGGUUGUGAUAAAAGUUUUGUCUGGUGGCGAGGAGGGAAGUUACUGAAGCAUGCAUUCCAUAAAGCAAGUUUGCCUCAGUCAGAUGUUAGAAGGGCAGCUCGGCAAGGUGGUUCAAGAAAGAUUUCUGGUGUGUACUAUGCUGAUGAUCCUCAGCUUCCUAAAAGAAGCAGACAGUUGGUUUGGAGGGCUGCUGUUGAGAAGAGUAAGAAUGCAUCAUGGCUAGCACUUCAGGUUAGAUACCUAGACCUUCAUGUGAGAUGGAGUGAUCUUGUUCGUCCUGAGCAGAAUCUUCAAGAUGGAAAAGGUCCAGAGACAGAAGCCUUCUUUUUUAGAAAUGCAGUCAUUUGUGAUAAGAAAACUGAGGAAAACAAGAUUAGGUAUGGAGUAGCUUUUCAGAAUCAAAAACAUCUCCCUUCCCGCAUCAUGAAGAGUACAAUUGAAAUAGAACAAAGUGCAGAUGGAAAGGAUAAAUACUGGUUCUUUGAGACACAUGUUCCCUUAUAUUUGAUCAAAGAGUAUGAAGAGAAGGUUGAUAAGGUGCUUUUGCCGUCAGCUAAGAAAUCUUUGAAUGAAUUAUCCGAGUUACAGAGAAGACAACUGAAAGCUUCCCGCAGGGAUAUAUUUCUAUAUCUUGCUUACAAGAGAGAUAAAUUGGAGAGAUGCUCUUGUGCAUCAUGCCAACGUUUUGUUUUACUUAGGAAUGCAGUCAAGUGCAGUGGUUGCCAAGGUUAUUGUCAUAAAGACUGUACUGUAAGUUCAACAAGUUUUAUGAAUGAGGAAGUUGAAUUCUUGAUCAACUGCAAGCAAUGCUACAAUGCCAAAGCUGUUGCUCAUGGAACCAGUAACGAGUCUCCAGCUACUCCUUUGCCUUGCCAAGGGAAAGAAUCUCACAAUGUAACGACAGCCACCAAAGGCACAAGGAUUAACCAUCAUAAUCAACCAUUAACAUCUAUCAGAACCCAGGAGAGUAGCUCUGACAUGAAACAAACUACUGUUUCUAUUCUGGGGACAAAAAGCCGAAAUAGAUUAUGUAGUUGGGGUGUCAGAUGGAAGAAAAAGAACAUCGACACAGGAAUUGAUUUUAGGCGUGAGAAUAUUCUUUUAAGGGGCGGUUCAGAGAGGUUGAAUCCUGUUUGUAACCUUUGCAAAAAGCCAUAUAAUUGUGAUCUGAUAUAUAUCCACUGUGAAACUUGCAACAAUUGGUUUCAUGCUGAAGCUAUAGAACUUGAUGAGUCAAAACUUCCAGAUGUGGUGGGCUUCAAAUGCUGCAGGUGUCGUAGAAUAAAAUCACCCAAGUGUCCUUACGAUGAUAAUCUUGAAAGUGAGAAGCUGGCAAGCCAGAAGUCAUGUGAGAGGGUGUUGAAGAAAGGAUAUAUAGGAGUUGGUUAUGAUUCUGAAACUGUUGCUGAAACUAAAGAGUGUGAGCCCACUACUCCUAUUUUCCCUAUGGAGGAAUUAUUGGUACAAGAUGAUGAUCCUCUGCUUUUCUCUCUUUCAAAAAUUGAGCAAAUUACUGAGGAUGAUUCUAGGGCAAAGCUUGAAAGGAAUGCUGGUGGACUGGGGCCACAGAAACUACCAGUCAGAAGGCAUACAAAGCCUCAAGUAAAUGCUGAAGGUAUGUUUGAGAACAAUCAUUUCACUGAACCGUCUGUGCUUGUUGGUAGGAGCAACCUCAUGAACCCUAAAGAUGACUUGCCUUCUUGUGCGGAGUGGGAUGUUUCCACUAAUGGCCUUGAAAGUGAGGUGGUGUUUGACCGAGAAGGUCUGAACUAUGAUACGGAGUUUGAACUGCAGACAUACUCUUUGACAGAGCAGUUGGCAUCUGAUGACGGUGCCCAGUUGAAUGGAUUUAAUUCUUCAGGGAAUGAUUCGGGGAACUCUGAAGGUCAGGUUUAUACAGUUUCACUGGACGGAUUGCAUGAACAGCGUGCAAUGGAUAUAUCUAGUGAUCAGCAGGAACCAAUGAUGGCUCCCAAAUUAACCAUUAAUACUAAGCAGUGUAAGAUGUGUUCACACUCUGAACCAGUCCCUGACCUUUCAUGUGAGAUUUGCAACUUGGUGAUACACAGUCAUUGUUCUCCUUGGGUCGAGGACUCAACUCCAGAAGUUACCUGGAGUUGUGGUAAUUGCAGAGAAUGGCGGUAGCCAAUUUUGUUAUCUUGUGGGGUUUCGAAUUUUUUGGUUGGAUGCAAUGAUGCAACCUUAGUUUGACUCUUCAUUAUUAACAGCAAGAAUAUAUGGAACCAUUUUGAUUCUUCAUUACUGAGGCUGCUGGGGAUGCUUUCGUAAAAUGCACAUUGGAGUUGAUGGGUCCCUCUAUUCCUGCUUUUAGAAUCAGUACUCGCGCAAGUCCCGGCCAUUUUUCACUCGGGUUUAUUCAGGUACCAGCUCAAAUUGGUUCACCUCACAAAUUCACGGAUUGUUCCUUAAUGGAAGAUAAGCAGGUUUUUUUAAGUUGUGCUUAUCUGAGUUCCUCGCUUGUAUAGAUCAUAUUGCAGCCCAAUUCUUUUAUAAGGUUAAAAGCAUUCUUUUUACCAUUAUUUUAGUGGACCAUUUUCUCUUGCAAAUGAGUCUAAAAUGUUGCUUCACAGAGCCUAUGUGAGAAUCAAGUUUAG